CGCCGCGAUGCCGAGCACUGCCCGCCGGGGUUCGGGGGCCCGGGACUCGCCGGCCGAGGUGUGAUCAGACCCCAGGCUGGCCACAAAGCGCAAGGCAGCUUGGCCCGGGGGGCUAGGAGAGCGAGAAAAGAGCGCAGCCACCCGCCUCGGCAGCCCGGGACUCUGCUCGAUUCGCCGGAGAAUGCGCCCGAGGACGACGGGGCGCCGGAGCCGUGGUGUUUUCAGCGGGCGAGCGUGAAUGGGGGUGCGCUGGAGUAAGGCAGAGUGAUGCGGGAGGGCAACUCGCCUGGCACCGAGAUCGCCGCUGCCGCUGCGCCCCUCCCCGGACCCGGCGUCGACCAGGAUGGCUGCCCCGAGUCAUGGGCCGCGGCGGAGCUAGCGAGGAGCGCCCGACACUCCUCCCCCGCGUCCCGGAGUCGGCCCCGCGCGGGGCCACGCGUCCUGCGGGCGCUGGUUCCUAAGGACGACAACAGCACCAGCUUUUCACUUCUCCCUUCCCUUCCUUGCCCCGCACUCCUCCCCCUGCUCGCUGUUGUUGUGUGUCAGCACUUGGCUGGAGACUUCUUGAACUUGCAGGCAGAAUAAUUUGCGCUCCCCACUUCGCCGGUGCCUCUGCCCCAGCGGGGACGGCCUUGUCGCCUCCGAGCCCCGCCGCCGCUCCACUCUUCUGCCGGGCCGGACCUCUAGACGCCGUUCCCAGCGCGGGGAGGGAGACUGACCGGCCGGCGCCCGGGAGGAGGAGGCAAAGGAAGGGAGCGGACACCCGACCCCCGCGCCAGGUUCUUUGGCCAGAGUUUUUUCCAUGUGGAGGCUCUUUCAAUGGACGUGCCCCCGCGUGCUUCUUAGACGGUCUGCGGUCUCCUAAAGGUCGACCAUGGUGGCCGGGACCCGCUGUCUUCUAGCGUUGCUGCUUCCCCAGGUCCUCCUGGGCGGUGCGGCCGGCCUCAUUCCUGAGCUGGCCCGCAGGAAGUUCGCGGCGGCGUGGGGCCGUUCCUCAUCCCAGCCCUCGGACGACGUCCUGAGCGAGUUCGAGUUGCGGCUGCUCAGUAUGUUCGGCCUGAAGCAGAGACCCACCCCCAGCAGGGACGCCGUGGUGCCCCCCUACAUGCUGGACUUGUACCGCCGGCACUCAGGCCAGCCGGGCGCGCGCACCCCGGACCAGCGGCUGGAAAAGGCAGCCAGCCGCGCCAACACGGUGCGCAGCUUCCACCACGAAGAAUCUUUGGAAGAACUUCCAGAAACAAGUGGGAAAACAGCCCGGCGAUUCUUCUUUAACUUGACAUCUAUCCCCACCGAGGAGUUUAUCACGUCAGCAGAGCUUCAGGUUUUUCGGGAACAGGUGCAGGAAGCUUUGGGAAACAACAGCAGUUUCCAUCACCGAAUUAAUAUUUAUGAAAUUAUAAAACCUGCACCCACCAACUUGAAAUUCCCUGUGAUCAGACUUUUGGACACCAGGCUGGUGAAUCAGAAUGCAAGCAGGUGGGAAAGCUUCGAUGUCACGCCCGCUGUGAUGCGGUGGACCACACAGGGCCACGUCAAUCAUGGCUUUGUGGUGGAAGUGACCCACUUAGAGGAGAAUCAGGGUGUCUCCAAGAGGCACGUCAGGAUUAGCAGGUCUUUGCACCAAGAUGAAGACAGCUGGUCACAGAUAAGGCCGUUGCUAGUAACGUUUGGACACGAUGGAAAAGGACAUCCUCUCCACAAAAGAGAAAAGCGUCAGGCGAAACACAAACAGCGGAAACGCCUUAAGUCCAGUUGUAAGAGACACCCUUUGUACGUGGACUUCAGUGACGUGGGGUGGAAUGACUGGAUUGUGGCACCGCCGGGGUAUCACGCCUUUUACUGCCAUGGGGAAUGCCCUUUCCCCCUGGCCGAUCAUCUGAACUCCACUAAUCAUGCCAUCGUUCAGACGUUGGUCAAUUCAGUUAACUCUAAGAUUCCUAAGGCGUGCUGUGUUCCAACAGAACUCAGUGCUAUCUCCAUGCUGUACCUUGAUGAGAAUGAAAAGGUUGUAUUAAAGAACUAUCAGGACAUGGUUGUGGAGGGAUGUGGGUGUCGUUAGCACAGCAAAGUCAUAUAUAUAUAUGCGUGUAUAUAUAUACACACAUAUACACAUAUAUGUGUGUAUAUAUAUAUUUUAGAAAAAUGCAAAAAAAAGUUGACACUUUAAUAUUUCCCAAUGAAGACUUUAUUUAUGGAAUGGAAUGGAAAAAAAAAAAAAAAAACAGCUAUUUUGAAAAUAUAUUUAUAUCUACGAAAAGAAGUUGGGAAAAUAAAUAUUUUAAUCAGAGAAUUAUUCCUUAAAGAUUUAAAAUGUAUUUAGUUGUACAUUUUAUAUGGGUUCAACCCCAGCACAUGAAGUAUAAUGGUCAGAUUUAUUUUGUAUUUAUUUACUAUUAUAACCACUUUUUAGGAGAAAAAAAUAGCUAAUUUGUAUUUAUAUGUAAUCAAAAGAAGUAUCGGGUUUGUACAUAAUUUUCCAAAAACUGUAGUUAUUUUCAGUUGUGUGUAUUUAAGAUGAAAAGUCUACAUGGAAGGUUACUCGGGCAAAGUGCUUAGCACGUUUGCUUUUUUGCUGUGCUACUGUUAAGGUCACAAGUUCAAGUCCAGAAAAAAAAAAAGUGGAUAAUCCGCUCUGCUGACUUUCAAGAUUAUUUUAUUAUUCAAUUCUCAGGAAUGUUGCAGAGUGGUUGUCCAGUCCCCGAGAACUCACGUUGUCAUUAGGUGGAAUAUUUGGAUAAGAACCGGUCAUUGCUGAUCUAAUAGGAAUACCAUGCCCCCACCCCCUUUAAUUUGCAGAAAGAAUAAAGCAGGGCCAAUAGAAAUAAUUAGGAAAAUGAUGAAUCUGCAGGAAAGUGAAUGCUGGUUUUGUUGUACCUCUUUCCUGAACUAGUGAUCCCUUCAAAGGGCCUGGUCUGGCCGAACUAUUAAAUAAAACGUAAGAUUUCUUCAUUAUUGAUAUUGUGGUCAUGUAUAUUUAAAGUUGAUUUCCAGUGGCCCUCAACACGAGGUGGAAAUCAAUUUGUAUUUUACUUUUACCUCAUCUGGGACCUCUAUGUGCUCAGAAAGACCCAACUUUCUAACUUUACCCAACCCAGCAAAACUGCGUCCAUCGUGUUCUCUGCCCACCCCCUAAUUUCUGUCCGAUCAGCUUGCUUUUCUUUCCAGGGUUAUGUGUUUGAACACGUUUCUCCAAAUGUUAAACCAAUUUCAGAUAAUAAAUAUCAGAGCUCUGACGUUUCGUUCUGCAGAGUCCAACCUGGAAGAGAAAACGGUACAUUUGUACAGCAUUCACAAUGAUGACCUUGUGUUUGCAGUUUUGCUUCUGAAGUUACUCAUUUUGAAAGGGGGUGGGGCAAAGGCAAAGGAAUGGUUAGAAAUUUGCAAGCAAGUCAUAUGAUAAGUCAUAUUUACCUCAGAGGAAUUACCAGUGAUCUAGGACAGGCAAUCCCUGGGUCAGGAACAGGAUCCCUCCCUCAGUCUGCCUUUAAGUUGAAUUUGGAGGUAAAUAGGGACAGGUGCGUUCAGCUCUUACUUAGUCUUCCUUUAGUGCAAGAAAAGCCUGAAAGCCUUUUAAGUGAUUUAGAAGUUGCAUGUAGAAGGAGUGAAGGCAAUUGUGAUGAAGAAUUUGUUACAAAUAGGGGUUGGUACAGUCCUUUCAAAGUGAGGGCAACUUUACAUAACAUUGAAGGGCAAGCACUAAUUGUCCCAGGGGACUACUGGUUCCUGGAACCUACUGUAGUUUUCAUAUGAACCCCUGUGGGGCAGAAAGAUUUAAGAGAAAACCAGAAUUACAAAACAAAAACCUAGAGAAUCCAAAAUAAAGUUUCAGAGAUGGUAUCCCACGCAACAAAAGUUGUUACAGAUGCUGUCGAGUCAUUUCCGACUCAUGGUAACCCUAGGCACAACAGAGAGAAACACUGCCUGGGCCUGCGCCAUCCUCACAGUCCUAUGCUAUGUUUGAACCCGUUGUUGCAGCCACUGUGACAGUCCAUCUCACUGAAGUUCUUCUGUCUUUUUUUCACUGACAACCCCCUAACCAGGAAUGAUGUCCUUUUCCAGGGACUGAUUGGUCCCAACAUAUCCAAAGUACGGGAGACGAAAGCUCCCUUCUAAGGAGCACUCUGUCUGUACCUCUUCCAAGACAGAUUUAUUCCUUCUUCUGGCAGUCCAUGGUAUCUUCAAUAUUUUUCACCAAACGCUGUAAUUCAAAUGUAACAGUUCUACUUAGGUCUUAUUCAUUGUCCAGCUUUCGCAUGCAUGUAAGGUGAUUGAAAAUACCGUGGCUUGGCUCAGGUGCACCUUAGUCCUCAAAGUGACGUCUUUGCUUAUAACAUUUUAAAGAGGUCUUUUGCAGCAGAUUUGCCUAACGCAGUAUAGUGUUUGAUUUCUUGACUGCUGCUUCCAUGGGCAUUGAUUGUGGAUCCAAGUAAAAUGAAAUCAUUGACAGCUACAAUAUUUUCUCUGUUUAUCAUAAUGUUAUGUGUCGGUCCAGUUGUGAGGAUUUUUGUUUUCUUUAUGUUGAGCUGCAAUCUAUACUGAAGGCUGUGGUCUUCAAUCUUCAUCAGUUAUUGCUUCAAAUCCUCUUCACUUGUAGCAAGCAAGGUUGUGUCGUCUGCAAAAUGCAGUCUUCCUUCAAUCCUGAUGCUAUUUUCUUCAUAUAGUCCAGCUUCUUGGAUUAUUUUCUCAGUAUACAGAUUGAAUAAGUAUGCUGAAAGAAUACAACCCUGACACACACCUUUCCUGAUUUUAAACGGUGCAGUAUCCACUUGUUCUGUUCACAUAACUGCCUCUUGGUCUAUGUAUAGGUUCCUCAUGAGCACAAGUGUUUUGAAAUUCCCAUUCUUCAUAAUGUUAUCCAUAAUUUGUUAUGAUCCACACCAUCCAAUGCCUUUGCAUAGCCAAUAAGACAGAGGUAAAUAUCUCUCUGAUAUUCUCUGCUUUCAACCAAGAUCCAUCUGACAUCAGCAGUGAUAUCCCUCAUUCCACAUCCUCUUCUGAAUCCAGCUUGAAUUUCUGGCAGUUCCUUGUCAGUGUAUUGCUGCAACCAUUUUUCAAUUAUCUUCAGUAAAUUUUACUUGCCUGUGAUAUUAAUUAUAUUGUUUGAUAAUUUCUGCAUUCCAUGGAUCACCUUUCUUUGGAAUGGGCAUGAAUGUGUAUCUCUUCUAGUUGUUUGUCUAGGUAGCUAUCUUCCAAUUUUCUUGGCAUAGAUGAGUGGGUGCUUCUAGUAUUGCAUCUGUUUGUUAAAAUAUCUCAGUUGGUAUUCCGGAGCCUUGUCUUUUGCCAACGCCUUCAGUGCAGCUUGGACUUCUUCCUUCAGUACCAUCCAUUCUUGGUCAUAUGCUACCUCCUGAAAUGGUUGAACAUUGAACAGUUCUUUUUGGUAUAGUGACUCUGUAUUCCUUCCACUUUCUCUUGAUGCUUCCUGGUAGUUCAAUUUUUUGCCCUUAGAAUCCUUCAGUAUUGCCGCUUAAGGCUUGAUUUUUUUCUUAGGUUCAUUCAAGUUGAGAAAUGUCAAGUGUGUUCUUCCCUUUUGGUUUUCCAACUCCAGGUCUUUGCACAUGUCAUUGCAAUACUUUACAUUGUCUUCUCGAACCACCCUCCGAAAUCUGUUGAGCUCUUUUAUUUUGUUUUUUGAUUGUGCUUUAAGUGAAAGUUUAUAGUUCUAGUUAGUUUCUCAUACAAAAAUUUAUAUACACAUCGUUAUGUGACCCUAGUUGCUUUCCGUAUAAUGUGACAGUACAUUCCUUUCCACGGUGGAUUUCCCAUGUCCAUUCAACCAGCUCCUGCCCAUUUUUGCCUUCUUUUGAGGUCUUUUGCUUCAACAUUUCUUCCUUUUGUUUUAGCUACUCUGCUUUCAAGAACAAGUUUCAGAGUCUCUUCUGACAUCCAUUUGAUCUUUUUCUUUUCUGUCUUUAAUAGCCUUUUGCUUUCUUCAUGUAUGAUGUCCUUGAUGUCAUCCCACAACUCUAGUCUUUGGUUAUUAGUGUUCAAUGCAUCAAAUUUAUUCUUGAGAUGGUCUCUUAAGUUCAGGUGAAAUACACUCAAGUUCUUACUUUGGCUCUUGUAGACUUCUUUUGAUUUUCUUUAGCUUCAACUUGAACUGGCAUAUGAACAUUGAUGGUCUGUUGCACAGUGAGCCCCUGGCCUUGUUCUGGCUGAUGUUAUUGAGCUUCUUCAUUGUCACUUUCCACAGAUAUAGUUGAUUUGAUUCCUGUGUAUUCCAUCUGGCAAGGUCCACGUGUAUAGACACUGUUUAUGUUGUUGAAAAAAGGUAUUUGCAAUGAAUAAGUUGUUGGUCUGGCAAAAUUCUGUCCUGCAAUCUCCCUUGUCAUUUCUGUCACCAAGACCCUAUUUUCUAACUGUUGAUCCUUCUUCUUUGUUUCCAACUUUUGCGUUCUAAUCACCAGUAAUUAUCGGUGUACUUUGGUUGCAUCUUUGAUCAAUUUCAGACUGCAGAAGUUGGUAAAAAUCUUUAAUUUCUUCAUCUUUACAUUAGUAUUUGGUUCAUAAAUUUGAAUAGUAGUUGUAUUAACUGGUCUUCCUUGUAGGCGUAUGCAACAGAAGCAACAGUGCCAAAAAAAAUUAGAAAGGGAAAGUGUCUGAGAUCAGCUUCUACGAGAACAUCUGCCAAUUGGACUGUAGCCCAAACAGAAUGAAGUCAAAUUAGGCUGCUCAGAAUGAACACUUACCAGUGGCAGGGCUUCUGCCCCAGGUUGAAAUCUGACCCAAGGAAUGGUUCAGUAGGUGUGCUUAUAAGACCAGGGAACCCAGAACUCCCCAUAUUUUACUGACAGUUUUUUAGGCCAACUUCUAGGAUUUUUUUGUCACCUUUUGACCCUGGGAUUAAAUGGUGAGGCCUAGUUCUAAUCUCUUUUUCCUAGCCCCUGCCUGGUUAAUUGGCUGAAAAAUAGUGUGUAAUGGGACAGACUACAGUCAGAUCUCUUUCCAGGACUUAACUUUUACCAUGAACAUAGUUACCUUUUGGGGCCUUGAGAUUAUGUAGAUCGUAUUUUAAAAUGAAUGCUGGUUAUCUUUCACCCAUUCAACUUUUAAAAUCUCCUUUUGGCUUUGCUUUAUCCCUAUACCUAUUGCUCGGGCGUAAGUGUCUGCGAUGUAAUCAUUAGAACGAGCCCAGUUUUGGAGGCCUGGGUCCUCUAUGUCUUCCAGCCAUUCCUCACCCUCUUUCCACGGAGUUAUGAGAGACAUCUCCAAAUUCCCCUAGCUGAGAGUGUGAGAAAAUUCCAUGCUUUGGCAGUUCCAUCCAUCAAUGCAUUUGAUUUCUCUGCUUCAUUGGUUCUGAUUUUCUUGGUUAAAGUUGUUUUCAGUGGUCUCAACUCAAAUUUGUUCUCUUGCUUAUAAUAUAUAUGUGUACGUGUAAUAUAUAAUACAUAAUAUAUAAAAAAUACACAAAUACAUAUAUUACAUAUGCAUAGGUAGGCAUUUUUACUUCAGUUUCAGAAUUUUUUUAAUAGUUGGUAGUUCUUGGACCCUCUUGGCAGCUCAUUUGAGAAAACAAUUUUCUUACAUGGUACAUACGUUUUGGUAUUCUUCAUUCUGAAUAGGAGUCGUACAUAACUGGAUGACAUGAAUCGCAAACCUUAAAUCUUCAGUCACUGUUCUGCAGGGGUCCUUUGAAUCCUUUGAGUUUGCU